AAGCAAGAUGCGAACGAUAAAGCUGGUCAUAAUAGGCGACUCCGGUGUCGGAAAGACGAGUCUCAGGAACCAGUACAUAAUGGGUCGCUUCUCGACUGGAUACCGCGCAACGAUAGGAACGGACUUUAUCACUAAGACGGUGCCGCAUUACCUGAAUCCGGAAGAGUCUGUUACGUUGCAGAUAUGGGAUACGGCUGGCCAAGAACGAUUUUCAAGCCUGUCAACUGCAUUCUUCCGUGGAGCAGAUGCUGCAUUGCUCAUGUUUGACGUGAAUCGGCCCGAGACGCUCUCUGCGUUGACAAAGUGGUGGGAUAGUUUUAAAGCGCAUGCUCCUGUACCGGAUGAGGAGGCAGAGGAUUUCUGCUGUGUCGUUGUUGGAAAUAAGAUUGACCUUGUGGCGGAUGCAGAUACCGAACCUGUACCAAACGGGAAUGCGAGUGGACAAAAGCAUACUCGCGUCUCGGAAGCCGAGGCAGAGAGAUUCCUUGAAGAGCUUGUACCCAGAACGUCAACCUUGGAUGAAGAGGGAGAAUACGAGUAUGAUUACGAUGAUCCAUUCGUAGAGGGUCUAGAACAAGACCAGAGCAGACGCACCACGGGAUUUUUCAUGCGGCGUUCAUUAUCUGGGUUCUCUCUUCAUUCCGUCACGAAUUCGACGUCGCAACCCGACAAUGCUGAUAAAACUGAUGAUAAUGACACCGAAUCUCCGCCACGGAUACCGUCAGAAUCAAUCGCUAUCCAACCGGGUAGCAGCAAUUACCUACAUUCCCUACGCAAAGGGCCUCUGAAGUCCCUUUCCUCGGAUCGUUCGUUAGGCGGGACAAUGACGACGACACAUACCACGCAAACAAUAUACCAUACACCUUCAUCCUCGCUCUUUGAUGCAUACGAAUCAGCACCAUCCUCUCCCUUGCAAUCCAAUCACAAUGACCUUCCACCAUCUCCCGACUCAGCAUCGUCAAGUAAACCCGCCACACCGGCUAAACGUGGUCCUCGACGCAUGACCUCUAUGUCGUCCUCGUCCUCUGCUCCGACUAUUACUCCAAGUCUCUUUAUGCGCACUCAAGCUUCUUCAUCAACCUCUGCAGCCGCUACCCCACCCACGCCUAUCGAAACCUCAUCCUCCGAUUUCCCCUUUGCAUCUGUGACUGCCGGGCGCUCACGCCGUCGUAGUUCGCCACUUCCUCCCCGUCCCGAGCGACGCCCGAGGUUAUUUCUUACGUCUGCAAAGACCGGUACAGGUGUCACACCCGUAUUCGAAUAUAUUGCACGACGCGUAUGUAUGCAAUGGGUGUAUACCGAGGCUCUCGAAGCGCGUGCGCUGAAUGGACGGGAGACGUCGGCCGCGGCGGACACCUUGCGAUUAGGCCUAUCCGGACCAGCCUCGGAAAGUCGACUGGCGGUGUUUAAGGAGCGAUUUAGUGGGUCCUCAUGUUGUGGGUCGUAGUCUUCAUUGAGUCUUGAUCCUAUCCUGUACGGAAUACGGACUAUAUGCGAGGGAUACGGCGUCUGUCGGGGUAUGUGAGUUUCGGAGUCAGAGUCGACUCUUUAUACCUUUUUGCAAAUUGUACUGCUGCUCCGCAUGGCUUUCCGUCCAUCAGGAGUGCAUUCACCGGUUUCUCCGCUCCACUUUAUAUUAUAUUUAUGAUCUUUUAUGCACGCACAAGGUUUUAUUAUCAGUCAGACUUUUCAUUAUUUCUUGAUUUAUGAUGAACUGC